UCAGUCUACCGCAGCAAUACUUUCAAUCAAUACCAAGCUCUCUUUCCAUCAGCCCGAAAAAUUAUUAGCAAUGCAGUCCUGCAUCAUAAUCGGUUUCAUCGCUCUGUGCACAAUGACCAUCGGUACGAUGGCCUACCCCCAGAAAACGGUUCUGUCGGACAAUGUCCAAUCUUAUGCUAACUCACUGUUUGAUGAACUCCCGGAGGAAUCAUACACGAACACGGCUCCUGUUGAGCACAACCGACAAAAGCGAGCAACCUGUGACCUGUUGAGCGGAUUCGGAGUAAACGAUAGUGCGUGCGCUGUCCAUUGCAUUCUGCGUGGUAACCGAGGAGGUUACUGCAACUCAAAGAAGGUGUGCGUCUGUCGCAAUUGAAAAAUCUUUUGUUUUAUUUGUUGAAUCUAGUCAAAUAAAUUUUAAUAAGUUAAAAUAAAU